AUGGCCAAACAAAGGCAAACUACUAAAUCGUCUAAGCGAUAUAGAUAUUCUUCCUUCAAGGCCAGGAUUGAUGAUUUGAAAAUUGAACCGGCUAGGAAUUUGGAAAAAAGAGUACAUGAUUAUGUUGAAUCAUCGCAUUUUCUUGCUUCCUUUGAUCAGUGGAAAGAAAUUAAUUUAAGUGCCAAAUUCACGGACUUUGCAGCGGAAAUCGAGCAUGAUGUUCAAACAUUACCCCAAAUACUAUACCACGAUGAAAAAAUUUUCAAUUCUUUGGUUUCAUUUAUUAACGUUCAUGAUGUGUUUUCUUUGCAACCGCUGUUGGAUCUCUUAGCUCAAUUUUGUCAUGAUUUAGGUCCAGAUUUUCUGAAAUUUUAUGAAAAAGCUAUCGAGACUUUAAUAAACCUGUUAGAUGCUGCUAUAGAAUUCGAGUCAUCUAAUGUUUUUGAGUGGGGUUUCAACUGUUUGGCUUACAUCUUCAAGUACCUUUCGAAAUUUUUGGUUAAAAAACUGGUGCUGACAUGUGAUCUUUUAAUUCCGUUAUUAUCUCAUUCUAAGGAAUACCUUUCAAGAUUUUCGGCAGAAGCGCUAUCUUUUUUAGUUAGAAAGGCUCCUGUUUCUAACUUGAGCGAAUUUGUCAGGUCAGUCUUUGGAAAAUUAGAAGGGGAUGAUGAGCAAACUAAUCUUUACGAAGGGCUUCUGAUAUUGUUCACAGAAUCUAUGACAUCAACGCAAGAAACACUGCACUCAAAAGCUAGGGUUAUCAUGAGUGUUCUUUUGCAAGAGGCUUUGACAAAAACAUCUCCAGAAAGAUCUGUUUCAUUGCUAUCAGAUAUUUGGAUGAACAUUAGUAAGUAUGCCUCCAUCGAAAGUUUACUUCCGGUCUAUGAAGUUAUGUAUCAGGAUUUUAACAAUUCGCUUGAUGCCACCAAUCUCGAUAGAAUACUAAAAGUAUUGACGACAAUUGUCUUUUCGGAAAGUGGUAGAAAAAUUCCUGAUUGGAACAACAUCAUUAUCCUAAUUGAAAGAAUAAUGAGCCAAAAUGAAAAUCGUGCUUUUCUUUCACCGGAUAACGUGGCAUUCUUAUUUGCUUUGUUUAUUCGUAACAGUGAUGUGAAAACUCUAACUCAAUUUCACCAAAAACUUUUUAACUACGUUUUAACAAAUAUUACCGACCAUUUCCUUGAAUUUUUUCAAUUUGCAUUAAGACUAAGCUAUGAAAGAGUAAUUUCAUUCAACGGGUUAAAAUUCCUGCAACUAUUUUUAAAGGAAAAUUGGCAAUCACAAGGAAAGAAAAUUGCACUUUUUUUUCUAGAAAUAGAUGAUAGACCUGAACUGCAGAAGGUGUCGGAAGUAACUUUCCCAGAAGAAUUUAUUUUAUCUAUCAGAGAUUAUUUUGUCGCAGCAGAAAUUAAAGAUUCGAAUGACCUUUUCGAAAUAUAUUGGCGAGCUAUAAUUUUCAAAUAUUCAAAAUUACAUUAUAUGGAAACUAUUACCUCUUUGCUUGAACGUAUUUUUUCAACUUUUACAUCCCCAGAUAAUUUUACGAAAGAUACGGUUGGUACACUCCUAAAAGUAUAUUAUAAAGGGGACGAUGCUUCAGGGAAUAAUCUUUUGAAGACUAUUUUGGAUAAUCACGAAAACUACAAAGAAAGUUUAAGCUUUGUAAGUGGAUGGAACAAGUUAGUGAGUAACCUUCAUCCUUCAGAAAGCGUAAAGGAACUAAUAUCACACUAUCCAAGACUGCUUCUUAACUUGACAGAUAAUCUUGUGUUACCUGAUGGAAAAAUUCGUUACGAAACUUUCGAAUUAAUGAAGACAUUAAUGAUUCUGCAGGGUAUACAAAUACCUGAGCUUCUUUCUUCAUGCAUGAUUAUCGAGCAAAUACCCCUUACACUACAAAAUGCCAGAGACUUAACUAUCAGAAUUAAAAAUGUUGGUGCUGAAUUUGGAAAAACUAAGACAGACAAAUUAACAUCCUCCUUUUUUCUUAAAUACCUGUUUGGCCUUCUGACUGUUAGAUUUUCUCCGGUUUGGACCGGUGUUUUUGAUACUCUUCCUAAUGUUUACACAAAAGAUGAAGCCCUCGUGUGGGACCUUGUGUUAUCAUUCAUUAAAUGUCCUGAUGAAAAUCAGAAGUUAGAUUACUACGAGCCUCUACUUGAAGAUGGUACGGACACAAUUCUGUGGGAUUCUAGUGUGGUGAGGUUGAGAGACAAUAUUGAUGCGUUCUCGCAUGUUUGGUCAAAGUAUUCUACUCAAAAUACGAGCAUCAUAUAUACUACUAUUGAAAGAAGGGGGAACAUCAUUUACCCAGUUUUGAUCAGAAAUCAGGCUUUAAAAGUCAUGCUAUCGAUUCCUCAAGUUGCUGAAGGACACUUUGCCGAUAUUGCACCUUUUGUUUUUAACGAUUUCAAGACUUACAAAGAUGAAGAGGAUAUGGAAAGUGAACGUGUUAUUACUGGUUCAUGGACGGAAGUUGAUAGAAACGUAUUUUUGAAGACCUUAAGCAAAUUUAAGAAUAUAAAAAACGUUUACAAUGCAAUGGAAUUGCACGAUCAUCUGAUGGUCUUGUUGGGUAGUCGUAAUACAGAUGUUCAGAAGCUUGCGUUGGACGCACUUCUUGCUUACAAAAAUCCAACGUUGAAUAAGUAUAGAGACAACCUGAGAAAUCUAUUAGAUGACACCUUGUUCAAGGACGAAAUUACAACUUUUUUAACAGAAAAUGGGUCGCAGACUAUCAAGGGCGAAGACGAAAAGGUGGUCAUGCCUUAUGUCCUUAGAAUUUUCUUUGGUCGAGCACAAGUCCCUCCAACUAGUGGACAAAAAAGAAGCCGCAAAAUAGCUGUAAUUUCUGUCUUGCCAAAUUUUAAGGAGGCAUAUAUUAAUGAUUUUUUGACUUUGGCUAGUGGAAGACUGGACUAUAAUUAUUUUUUCAGCAACAAUCAUCAAAUAAACAGCUCAAAGGCCACCUUAAAAACUAUUAGACGGAUGACUGGUUUCAUUAAUAUUGUAAAUUCUACUCUGGCUGUAUUAAGAACAAAUUUUCCAUUGCAUACUUCUUCAGUACUGCAACCAUUAAUCUACUCGAUUGCUAUGGCAUACUAUAUCCUGGAUACUGAGAGCACGGAAGAGGUGCAUUUAAGGAAGAUGGCCGGUAAUUUGAGGCAACAAGGCCUAAAAUGUUUAAGUAGUAUCUUUGAAUUUGUCGGAAAUGCGUUUAAUUGGUCCACCUCUAUGGAUGAUAUUUACACUGUUGUAGUUAAGCCACGUAUCCCACACUUCUCGGAUGAAAAUUUACAACAACCUUCUUCCUUACUACGAGUUUUUCUUUAUUGGGCACAUAAUCCCUCUCUGUACCCAUUUUUAUACUACGAUGAUUUCGCAGCUGCUAAUGCAUUGAUGGACACCAUAUCAAACCAACAUGUUAAGGAGACUGUUAUUAGUCCGGUUAUUGAAGCGGCGGAUUCAAUUAUUAGAACGCCUACAAAUGAUGAUCGUUACGUAGAUUUGAUCACUCUCAUUUGCUCAUCAUGUCUGAAAAUACUUCCUUCGCUAUACGUCAAACUUUCUGACUCAAACUCAAUCUCUGCAUUUUUGAAUUUGUUAGUUAGCAUAGCUGAGUUGGGAUUUAUUCAAGAUGAUGGUGUUAGAAGUCAUUUGAUUAUUUCACUAGCAUCAAUAUUGAAAGGAAAGCUAAAGAAACUGCAGGAGAAUGAUACCCAAAAAAUUUUGAAAGUAUUAAAACUUAUAAUUUUCAACUAUGAUUGUUCUUGGAGUGAUGUUAAAGACCUAUAUGCCACCAUAUCCUCUUUGUUGAAAACAUUUGACGAGCGAAAUCUUAGAGUUUCAUUGACGGAGCUCUUUAUGGAACUUGGCAGAAAAGUGCCUGAAUUAGGAAAUAUUUCGAAAUUGGUUACGGACUUAAAUUCAUACUCUUCAUCGCGUUUACAUGAGUAUGAUUUUCCCAGAAUUUUAUCUUCUUUCAAAGGGCUGAUUGAAGGUGGCUAUAAGUCUUAUAGUGAGAUGGAGUGGCUACCUCUAUUGUUUACCUGUUUACACUUUAUCAACGAUAAGGAGGAACUUGCGUUAAGAACAAACGCAUCACACACUAUAAUGAAGUUUAUUGACUUCAUUAACGAAAAGCCUAAUCCUGUUGAAGCCACGAAAUCAAUUUCUAUGCUAAAGGAUAUCCUACUGCCCAGUAUAAGGGCUGGUCUCAGGGAGCCUCUAGAAGAAAUCCAAAGCGAAUAUAUAUCAGUGCUGUCAUAUAUGGUAAAAAACGCAAAGUAUUUCACAGACUUAGAAGAUAUGACCAUUUUACUGUACAAUGGUGAUGAAGAAGCGGAUUUCUUUACAAAUGUUAAUCAUAUCCAACUUCAUCGUCGUCAGAGAGCCAUCAAAAGGUUAGGCGAACAUGCUCACCAACUCAAAGAUAACAGUAUAUCCCAUUAUUUAAUUCCAAUGAUCGAACAUUAUGUAUUUUCGGAUGAUGAAAGGUACAGAAAUAUUGGAAAUGAAACGCAAAUAGCCAUCGGAGAUUUGGCGCAGCAUAUGAGUUGGAAUCAGUACAAAGCUCUUUUUAGAAGGUACAUUUCUAUGUUGAAAACCAAACCCAACCAGAUGAAGCAAGCUGUACUAUUAAUUGUUCAACUUUCUGUUCCCCUUAGAGAAACUCUUCGCACCGUAAGAGAUGGGGUUGAGUCAAAAUUUACUUUGAGCAAAUUUCCCUCCAACUUGGAGGAGCCCAGUAAUUUUAUUAAGAAAGAAUUGUAUCCGACACUUUCCAAAAUUCUGGGCACAAGAGACGACGAAACUAUCAUUGAAAGAAUGCCUAUUGCGGAGGCAUUAGUCAAUAUUAUUUUGGGGCUCACAAAUGAUGAUAUUGCCAAUUUUCUUCCUAGUAUUCUAACAAAUAUUUGUCAAGUUUUGAGAAGUAAAUCCGAAGAAUUGAGAGAUGCUGUAAGAGCAACUUUGGGGAAAAUCAGUAUUAUCCUAGGCGCUGAGUAUCUUGUCUUUAUGAUAAAGGAAUUAAUGGCCACAUUAAAACGUGGUUCUCAGAUUCAUGUAUUAAGUUACACUGUUCACUACAUAUUAAAGAGUAUGCAAGGAGUUUUAAAACACUCCGACUUGGAUACUUCUUCCAGUAUGAUUGUUAAGAUCAUAAUGGAGAAUAUUUUUGGGUCCGCUGGUGAAGAAAAAGACUCUGAGAACUAUCAUACGAAGGUGAAAGAAAUCAAGAGUAAUAAAAGCUAUGAUGCUGGUGAACUUCUCGCUUCAAACAUCAGCUUGACAGAGUUCGGGACGAUGCUUUCUCCUGUGAAAGCUUUGUUGAUGGUUAGAAUUAAUCUGAGAAAUCAAAACAAACUGAGUGAGUUACUGAGACGAUAUUUAUUAGGUCUGAAUCAUAAUAGUGACUCUGAGUCAGAAGGUAUCCUUAAGUUCUGCCAUCAGCUUUUCCAAGAAUCGGAAAUGAAUAAUUGUCCUCCAAAGGCGAAGAAAAAUGUGAGAGCCCAAGUGGACGAAAAAGAAGACUUUUUCUUGGUAAAUUUGGAGUCGAAAUCUUAUACCAUAAACUCGUACAGUUUGCUUUUGAGCAGCACUUUACAAAAAUUCGCUUUAGAUUUACUCAGGAACGUAAUAACCAGACAUCGCUCCUUUUUGACCGUGUCGCACCUAGAGGGCUUUAUUCCAUUUUUGAGAGAUUCGUUACUUUCUGAAAAUGAAGGCGUGGUAAUCAGUACCCUACGUAUUUUGAUCACAUUAAUUAGGCUUGAUUUUUCUGAUGAAUCUAGUGAAGUCUUCAAAAACUGUGCGAGAAAGGUACUAAAUAUUAUCAAGGUUUCUCCCUCAACUUCGAGUGAACUAUGCCAAAUGGGUUUAAAGUUCCUUUCUGCUUUUAUACGUCACACGGAUUCAACGUUGAAGGAUACUGCCUUGAGUUAUGUUCUAGGAAGGAUCUUGCCAGACUUGAAUGAACCAAGCAGACAAGGCCUUGCCUUUAAUUUCCUAAAAGCACUUGUUUCCAGGCAUAUCAUGCUCCCAGAACUCUAUGACAUUGCGGAUACUACCAGGGAAAUUAUGGUCACAAAUCAUUCGAAAGAAAUUAGGGAUGUGUCCAGGAGCGUCUACUAUCAAUUUUUAAUGGAAUAUGACCAAAGUAAAGGUCGUUUAGAGAAACAGUUCAAGUUUAUGGUGGACAAUUUACAGUAUCCUACCGAAUCCGGCCGUCAAUCAGUAAUGGAAUUGAUCAACUUGAUUAUCACGAAAGCAAAUCCUGCUUUACUAUCGAAAUUAUCAUCAUCCUUCUUUCUGGCACUAGUUAAUGUUUCUUUUAAUGAUGAUGCGCCAAGAUGCCGUGAAAUGGCUUCAGUUUUGAUUUCAACAAUGCUUCCAAAGCUUGAAGAUAAAGACCUUCAAAUUGUUGAAAAAUAUAUAGCGGCUUGGCUGAAACAAGUUGACAAUGCAUCAUUUUUGAAUCUCGGGUUGAGAACUUAUAAGGUUUAUUUGAAAAGUGUUGGAUUUGGACAUACUAUUGAGCUAGACGAGCUCGCAAUCAAGCGUAUAAGAUACAUUUUGACCGAUACAUCCGUAGGAUCAGAACAUGAGUGGGAUCUGGUAUACUCAGCUUUGAACACAUUCUCGUCUUAUAUGGAAGCGACAGAGAGUGUUUACAAGCAUGGUUUUAAAGAUAUAUGGGAUGGUAUUAUUACAUGCCUUUUAUAUCCGCACUCAUGGGUGCGUCAAUCUGCGGCAAACCUUGUUCAUCGACUAAUAGGCAAUAAGGAUAAGCUUGAGGUGUCAUUAACCAAUGAAGAAAUUCAAAACAUUGUAACAAGAGUUCUUCAUCAAUUGGGUGCGCCUUCUAUUCCGGAGAAUCUUGCGAAUGUUUCAAUAAAAACAUUAGUUAAUAUCGGUAUCCUAUGGAAGGAGCAACACACACCGUUCAUCAUGGAUGUAUCGAAGCAAACUGGAGAAGAUCCGAGAUAUGCUACUGCCAUUGAUUAUAUGGUAACUCGGAUUGGUGGAAUCAUCAGGUCAGAUGAACACCGUAUGGAUUCUUUUAUGUCGAAGAAGGCGUGUAUUCAACUAUUGGCCCUACUAGUUCAAGUUCUGGACGAAGAUGAAGUAAUUGCGGAGGGGGAAAGGAUAUUAUUACCGUUAUAUGGUUACCUAGAAACAUAUUAUUCAAGGGCAGUAGAUGAAGAACAAGAAGAACUACGCACUCUUUCAAACGAAUGUUUAAAAAUACUUGAAAACAAAUUGCCAGUAUCCGAGUUUACAAAAAUAUACACUGCUGUCAAACAGACGGUAUUAGAAAGAAGAAAGGAAAGAAGAUCUAAAAGAGCAAUUUUGGCCAUUAACGCUCCACAAAUUUCCGCUGAUAAAAAGUUGAGAAAGCAUGCGAGAUCCAGAGAAAAGAGAAAGCAUGAAAAGGAUGAAAAUGGCUACUAUCAAAGGCGUAACAAGAGGAAGAGGGUCUAG